CUUCAUCAAUAUGCUGAAUUCAUGCCUACAAGUUUAACGAGAAAGCAUAAAGCCCGCUAUCAGCCCACCCACCACGCAUACGUGUGCAGUGAUCCAGUAUGUCGUCACGAUACAAUGAGCACGAUGAUAGGACGGACGAGCCAGACCGUGGCGAGCGAAGUGGGAAGGACUCGAAAGUUGGCGGGCGCGGUUUGGCCGACCGCCUGACCUACCCCUCGGACCGCAAGGACUCGGGUCCUCGCGGCGAGGGCGGCCGCGGGGGCGACGGGGCCAGCGGCAAGGACCGCUAUCGCAGCCGCGCCGCUGCCGACGACCCUCCUCCCGAGCCCCCUCGCAACAGCCGCUACAGCGGGCAUGACGACCGGACGGAGCGAGACGGCGAUGAAGACCGCCAGCCGCGCGGCGAGCGCCGAGGCUUCGGGGGCGGCGGCGGUGACGGAGGUGGGGGCUUCCGAGGCUCUGGCGACAGGGGCGGCGACAGGGGCGGCGACAGGGGCGGCGACAGAGGAGGCGACAGGGGAGGCGACAGGGGAGGAGACAGGGGAGGAGACAGGUGGGAGCGCCGCGAAGACCGUGGAGAUCGCGGCGGCGGCGGUAGGGAUGACCGCGGCAACGGUGACCGGGGCGGCUUCCGCGGUGGCCGCGGCGGCGGUUUGCAGGACGACGGCCCGCGCGGAGGCGGCGGCGGACGUCGUGACCUCCAUGACGACCGGGAGGAAGUGGAAUACGGACGAGGUGCGUCACGCGGCGACGGCGGCGACCGCUUCCGCAACAGCGACCGCGGCGGCGGCGGCGGCGGCGGCAGGGAGCGAGACAGCUACGACCGGCCCAGCUACGGCGGUGGCGGUGGCCGAGGCGGGCGCGGCGGGGGCUACGGCGGCGGCGGUGAGGGCCGGCGCCGCUACCAAGACGAGCACGAUGACCGGGGCGGCGGCGGCGGCGGCGGCGACUUCGGUGACCGCCGCAGCCGCCAGCACAGUCAGCACGACGACCGGGACGCAGACUACGGCGGUGACGGCGGCGGCGGGUAUGGCGGCGGUGGCGGCGGCCGGGGCGGCUAUGGCCGGGGCGGCGGGGGAGGCGGCCGGGGCUUUGGCGGCGGCAGGGGCCGGCGGUUUGUUGGGGAGCACGAUGAUCGGGACCUGGACUAUGGCGGCGGCGGAGGAGGCGGUCGGGGCCACGGCGGGGGCUUUGGCAGUCGCGGCCGGGACCGCGACCGCUCGCGCUCUCGGAGCCCGGGGGGGCGUUGGGGCCACGACAAGUUUGCAGAGGUGGUGGCGGGAGGCGAUGAGGUGCCCAGUCAGGAGGGCAAGGCGCGCGGGGGCGGAAGCCGUGGAGGCGGCGGCGGCGGCGGGCCGCAGCGGCGGGGCCGGGGCGGGCGGGAGGAGGAAGAGGGCGGCGGCGGCGGCCGCGCGGGCGGGGUUGGCGGCGGCAAUGGGCACCACCAUGAGGACAUUGGCGGUAUGGAGGGCGGCCGGCUGGCGGAUGAGCUGAUGGCGGACGCGCCCAUGGAUGACAUGUAGGACCGCGUUAGGAUGGGGAGGUGGAGGAGGAGGUGGAGGAGGAGGUGGAGGAGGAGGAGGAGGAGGAGGAGGAGGAGGAGGAGCGGCUGCAGCUUUCUUCACUCGUGCCGUUUGGCCUUGGUCUGUGAUGUGAAGAGCUGUCGUGCGGGUCGAUGCAGCUCUAGUGCGCGCGGAGCCUGAUACAGGCGUUUUGCUAGUCGCCUGGUCUAGGCGUAGACCACGUCGUUGCUUUGUAUGGAAAAGCGGACCAGAAGGCACAGUCGUCAUGGCAAACGAAUUUGAAGGUGCGCUGUAAACUGUGCCAGUGUGCCAGGCUGUCACCGCUUCUCACCGUGGUUGGGCGCAAUGCAAGGUCAGACACGGUUGAGCGCUUGUGCGGAGUCACUGACACAGUGACGCAACUGUAUAGGGUUGAUGCGCAGGAGGUUGGUGCGUAAAGGGGGGCGUGGGCGUAUGUGACACACGAGACCCAACGUACAGGCUGGCUUCCUUGGAAGCAAGUCGCGGUCGCCUGGGUCUUGGGCCAAUGGACCAGACUACAUCUA